ACUUGAUUAGGACCUACAUGGAACGUAACACGGUUUUAAUCAUUAUGGUAACUACAAAGAGCUCCGCAUAUGGUCCAGUGGUUAGAGCAUUGGACUCAUAAUUUCAAGGUUGCGAGUUCGAUUCCCCACUCUGCCGCUGUCUCCACUUUGAUAAAAAGACAAGAGAGUAAUAUCUGCCGUCUAUAACUUCAGCCACUAUGACUGAUUAACCUAGACGUAAAAUGUCUCCUAGGUAAUUGGUUAUAUACCAGCUUGGUGUUUACCAGCAAAAAUCAGUUUGCCGAGUUCCUACGGGAGUUACCAGAAACAGAAACAGAAACAGAAAAAAAUACAUGUGAAAAACAGUAUGUGCAACAGAGCGUUCACUAUAAAGCAAAAUGCACAAGCUUAUACCGCUCGCUCGAUCACUUUCAUCUUCUCGCCUUCGUAUUCCCUGAAAAUUGAACAUAAUCGUUAAGCUUGCCCCUUCCCCUUCAUGCAGAAUAGAAGUCAAAACUUACUGAGUUGUAGUAGUUUAAAAUAUACACCUUAUAGGCUGGUGAUUUGCCUUUUUCACCUCACUACACCAGCUACCAUGAAUGCUGGCGCCAAUACUUGCAUGUUUUAGGCCGAAAUGGGGCGUUGCCAGAAACUGAAGUUUAUUGUGGUGUUGAUGAUGAUGGUGAAGAUGAUGAUGAGGUUAAGGAUGGCAAGAAGAGGAAAAAUAAAUGUCGUUCGCAAAUCGAAUUUGCCAGAGAAAGCUGAAUAAUUACUCGUCAAGAUGCUUAUUACGCCUUUAAAAAUCUGACAGCUAGUCAAUUAGAACAAUAUAUAUUUCUACAAAAAAAUGGGCACUAAAUUCAAAGCAUGAGGCACUUCCAAUUUAAAGGGAAGUCAUAAUAUACAAUUUUCCCCAAGGGAGGGGCAUGUAAAUUCCUCCUCUGCCCCCCCCCCCCCCCGCCUCUAGAUUCGCACUAAACUUUUCCUCAUCAGGAUUGGUUUCGAAGGUAAUAAAAACUCUAUCAAAGUUAGAACUCGACUCUCCGCUUUCUAAAUCCGCCAACGCGCACGUUGCACUUUUUGUGGUCUCAAUUUCUGCACACACCUUGGACACUCAUUUCCCUGCAGACACUACUCUCAUUAUCACGUGCUUUUUUGCAGUCAUCUAAAAACCUGGAAGACCAAAAUUACCGCAGACAAACUUGAAAACUUGAACUUUCUGGAUAGUUUUACUCACAAUAUCUUUUGAGCCCAUAUUUGAGACCAUCGCUUCAAAAGGAGAAUCAUACUUUCCAAGUGACGUCGUCCAGUCGUCACCUUUCUAUCCAAAUUUGUUCUCAGCUGUUGAACCGCGGAUAGUUUAAACGACGUCAACACCCAUACGUCGUCGAAUCCGAUCUAUAAAAACAUUCACGUCUCUGUUUUCUUCAUUCUUCUAUCCAUAUAAAUAUCCUUUCUCCAAUUUUGAAGAGCAUUUUCAACAAAAGAACUCCAUUCUGCCGCCAUGGAUUUGUACGCGUGUUUGUGCUCUACUAUAUCUCUUCUGUUCUGUCUCAUCACAGUAGGCGAAUGCUACACGAUGCCCAUAUUCGGUAGAACCCGCCCACCGCAACAGUGUCCAAUCAACAACGACCUCACAUUCCGAGAGUGCAUGCCAGUAUGCCAGUCAUACACAUGCGAGGACGUGCUCAACGAACCACCCUCGGGCUCUUGGCCAUGCAUUCGAAUGUGUGUGAGCGGGUGGGCGUGUCCAAGGGGGCAGGUCCGCCUCGACGGCUACAAGGACGUGUGCACAUCGAGAGACCUGUGCGGAAUAACCGAAACGAGCUGUAACUACAAGAAUGAAGUUGUUCUAGUCAACACAAAUUUCUUUGAUGGCGAUCUGACGUGUCGGUGCUUCGUUGACGGAAUCGUACGAUGUCGAAAUGCUUUCCCCACAGAAUGAAGAAACGGUAUUCAAGUCAAACUGAUAUAUGCAUCCCAAGAUCACGAUAUACCAUUUCGUCUUUGCUCGAUCAAUGUCUAGACUACGUUUCUAUAGGACAUCGACUUGGAGCUGGACGGCGAUGUCCGUCCUUGAACAGAAUGGUCAUGGUCGACGAGGACGAGAACGAUGACGACGAAAUCAGUCUGUCAUCCAUCUAGAUCAGAAUGAUAUGACACUGUUCGGAACCAACAUGACAACAUGAAUAUGUACGCUUUUUGACCCCCUCGCCCCGCCCCGCCCCCCCAUCACUCUCCUGAUUUCCUCCGAUCGUAAAAAAAAAAUAUAUAUAUAUAUGUAUCGAUAUGACAUACACCUUAUUUUCAACUCCCAGAAAUAUUUGAUUGAUGGAUAUUUAAUCACCCUAUCAAUAAUAGACCUCAAAGUUAAUUUUUUAGUACAGCGAUCUUUAGGCCUAGGCCUAUAUUAUCAUGUACAGAUGAGCUAUUUCUCAUUCAAAAUGAAAUGGAACAGAAAGGUACCCACCCCCCCCCCCAAAAAAAAAAAAAAAAAAAAAAUAAAAAGAUAAAAAAUAAAAAAUAAAAAUGUAUAAAUGAAAAAAUAAAUGAAUAAAUCAUGAACAAAAUAAUAUUGGUAAUAAAUUAUAUAAAGUGAAUCUACGAGAGGCAAAUGUGCUUUUGACGCAGCUGAAUUUUGUGUAUAUACCAUUAAUUUGAUGCAGUAUUAACGUGUGUAUAUAAUGGCAUUGUACUUGAUUUAUUGUAAAUAAUAUGAAUCAUGUGUGUUUCCAUGUGCACGCAAGUGCGUUAUGAAGUGGGUAAAGGGUGCUUUCAAGCGAUAAAAAGCAUUUCAACAAAUAUCAAUUUUCACUGACUAUAUUAAUUUUGUUAUAACCUAGCACGGGUGAACUAAUUGAAUCGUUACACUGGCCAUGAUCAUUGGCGCAGAGCAAAUUAAAUUUUGUCAGUGAAUAACAUCGCUCACAUUCAAGAUCGUGCUUCGUCAUUUACCAUAAAAUACUCCCCAGAAAUUAUCAUUAUUUUUUUUAAUAGUGAUUCUAAAUAGGGGCGUUGAAACAAUCAAAAUUCAAAUCUGAAGAAGUCGUUCCUUUUGUGAAGCUCUUUCGAUCAUUGAUAUCACUCUGCUAUUAAAUUGAGUUGUCCCUAAAUUACUGAUCGUUAUGUUUUAGGUGAACAUUAUAUGACACGUUUUCCUUUUCCUUUUUGAUGGUCGACACCAUUCUGUAUGAUCGAAUUACCUUGUAUUUCGUAUGUACUAUCGUGUACGACCGUGGUUAACUUUGUAAACAUGUAUAGAGCUUUUUAUAACAUCAGACGAGCAAGAAAUAAACAAAAAUAAAAUCCAUUAGUCACUGA